UUUCAUAUCUACAGAUAAAUACUGAUCAAUAUAAGUGGUUUAUCGUAACAAGUUACAUUCUAUUUACGUUUCAACCUGGCCAGCGUAACCAUGUCUUUCUUGGGUAAAAAAUACACAUUCGAUAGAGGAGAAAACUUCGAUGAGUUCCUUAAGCUUAUCGGUCUCCCCGAAGACCAGAUCCAGAAACAUUUUCAGUUCAAGCCUACAACUACAUUGAUCAAGGAAGGCGACAAAUACAAGAUCAUCACCGUCCAUAAUGACGAUACAAAGGAGACAGUUUUUGAGUCCGGUGUGCCUUUCGACGAAACCAUCGAUGGUGGAUUGAAGCUAAAAACCACGUACACAGUCGAUGGCAACACCGUAACUCAAGUUAUAGAGCAUCCCAAUGGCAACACAACAUUCAAAAGGGAAUAUAGUGACACCGAACUAAAAGUUGUAAGUAUAAUUUUAUCAAUUCUACAAUAUUCGAUUCUCUUCCAGCUCGACCGUAAAUACCUUUAAAAAAAAAUACACUUGAACUUAGAACUUGUAAUUUUCUUUCUUUUCAUUAUCUCUUCUUAUUUCCAUAAUAGUCUAUGUCAGAUAUUAUUGUAAAAUGAAAACUGAAUUAGAUUGAUAAAGAGAACUGAAUUGCUGAAAUAGUUCUAUGAAUUAUUUCUCCGGAAGCAACAGAUUUAUACAAGUAUGUGAAUAUAUGACUUAAAUCUAUGUAUCUCGCGUAUUUUACUAAUAAACUAACUUAAGCAUAGUUUAUAAUCAAUUGGGAUAAAAUUAAGCGAAACGAGAUGAGAUAGAAUGAAACAAAGGCUCAAUAAAAUGGUGGUUGUUUAUUAAAACUUCAAUGAAUUUUUUGGAGGAGCCCGAAAAGCUAUUUCCAGCGAUUUUAAUGGAAAAUUAUGCAAUUAGUGACUACAUCUAAACUACAUUAUUUCGUUACAACAUCGGUUCAUUGACUCCUACAAAAUUUACAAAACAAUAAUGUAAAAGAUACGUAAUUUGAUUUAAUUAAUGUUAUUGUUUUUCAGACUAUCACAGCUGAAAAUUGGGACGGCACUGCCUAUCAAUACUACAAUGCUUAAAUAAAGUCUAUUUAUUUACACUUUUAAUUUUCAAAUAUAGUUACUAUUUUUUUUAA